AUGUCUAAUCGUUCACCUUGUCCUGUUAUUAACAGUUCUUCAUUUUGGACGGGUAAACCACCUGUUUAUGGUGUUUGCCCUGGUGUUGACUUGAAUGGUUCAAUAAAGUCGUUGCCACAAGUUAAAACAAAUGCUAGUCGAAAGGAAUUACUCGAUUAUUUUAAUAAUACAUGGACGUUAACUGAAGUGCUUUUCGAUGGAUUAGUCAAUGAAGACGCAUAUUAUUGUCGUCCUUAUCAUAAGUUACGUCAUCCAAUGAUCUUUUAUUAUGGACAUCCGGCUGUAUUAUAUAUAAAUAAACUACGUGUAGCUGGUUUUAUUGAACGUGGAAUAAAUCCAGAACUUGAACAGCUAUUUGAAACUGGUGUCGAUGAAAUGCGAUGGGAUGAUUUACAUGAAGGCGACGAAGACAUCUGGCCGUCAAUAAGCGAAGUUCAUAAAUAUCGAGCUGAUGUGUAUCGAGUUGUUCAUGAAGUGAUCGAAACACAUCCGCUAUUUGAUGAUGAACACAUGCCAAUUGAUAUUAAUAAACCAACAUGGGCAUUGCUACUAAGUUUUGAACAUGAGCGCAUUCAUUUUGAAACAUCUUCAGUAUUGUUAAGAGAAUUACCUUUAAAAUAUGUACGUAUACCUGCAGCAUGGCCAACUUAUACUGUAGAAAAAAAUGGCAAGCCCAGUGAAGAAAAUUUCAUGAUAACGUUGGAGAAAUCCGAAGUAACACUUGGUAAACCAAUCGAUUGGCCAAGCUUUGGUUGGGAUAAUGAAUAUGGUACAGAGAAACGAAUAGUAGAACCAUUCAAUGCAAGUUCGAUGUUAAUCAGUAAUAAAGAAUUUUAUCAAUUUGUUAUUGCAAGUGGUUAUACACAACAACGUUAUUGGUCAAAUGAUGGAUGGGAUUGGCGUUCUUUCCGUAAUGUUAAAGCACCACUAUUUUGGGUACAAGUUGGUCCAUCUGGUUUACAUCAAUAUCAAUUACGGACGAUUUUCGAAGUAAUAGAGAUGCAAUGGGAUGCUCCAGUUUGCGUCAAUUUUCAUGAGGCCAAAGCUUAUUGUGCUUGGCGUACAGAACGAGAGGAUAGUUUAAUACCUUAUCGAUUGUUAACCGAAAGUGAACAUCAUGUGUUACGUGACGGGAAUGAGUAUUUAUGGAAUAAUGGUUUACGUAAUGGGGGUGAAGUAGGAGUUACUCAUUUUCCAGCAAAUAAAAAAGGCUUCUACGACGUGUUUGGAAAUGUAUGGCAAUGGUGCGAAGAUUACUUUCAUGCCCUAGAAGGUAGUACACCACAUCCAUAUUACGAUGACUUUAGUGUACCAUGCUAUGAUAAACAGCAUCACAUAAUUCUUGGUGGUUCAUUUAUAAGUACUGGUGAUGAAGCAAGUGUUUGGGCAAGAUUCCAUUUCCGCCCGCAUUUUAUACAACAUGCUGGUUUCCGUAUUGUUCGUAGUGAAGAUGGUGAUCGUGCUUGUGAUGCUAGUCGUGUCGGUAGUUCCAACACCUAUGAAACACAAGACAUGCUUAACAUGUAUCUAUUGAUGCAUUGGGGUGAAGAGCAUCAACGCUUUGAUCCUUUAAUUUGCACGCACAUCACUUUUCCACGAGUACCUGAACUACCAAUCGCUUGCGCUGAACUUGUGAAACGUUUUGCCGUCGGUAAAGAUCGUGUACUAGAUUUAGGAUGUGCUGUUGGUCGUACUGCUUUUGAGCUGACAGCCACUUUUAAGGAAAUAGUCGGCAUCGAUUAUAGUCAAAAAUUUAUCGACACUGCUCGCCACCUGCAACAACACGGUACAUUAGAAUAUACUCGAAAAGAUCAAGGAAUGCAGAAAACAAGAAUAACAGCCAUAGUUAAUCCUUCAAUCGAUUGUCAUCGGAUACGUUUUGAAGUAGGUGAUGCAUGUUCAUUGCCACUCGAUUUGAAAGAUUUUGAUGCAGUUGUGCUCGCCAAUGUACUUUGUCGUCUACCAAAGCCAUCGAUUUGUUUGAAGCGUAUGCAAGGAAAUAACGGAUUGGUCAAGGCAGGAGGUAUUUUAGUAAUGACGACACCAUUUAGUUGGUUGCCACAGUACACACCCUCAGAUCAGUGGCUUAAUAGUGUAAAAGAUAUUGGUGAUAUUCUUACCGACUUCGAUCUAAUUCAUCAAGAGGACAUACCAUUUAUGAUACGAGAACAUCGUCGCAAGUUCGAGUAUAUUAUUACAUUGGCCACUGUCUGGAAGCGACGAUUAUCAUCAAUUGAAACUUAA